AUGUUAAAAGUCCAAUUAAUUCUAAUAUUUAUUUGUUCACAAAUAUUUCUUAUUAAUUCUUAUACAAUAAAUCAUAUUCAAAGACCAUUUUGGUUUGAAUCUGAAAGUGAAUCAAAUGAUGAAUUACUUUCAAAACUUUUACAAAAUGAAUUAUUAAAUGAAGCAAAUCCAGGAAUAGUUUCAUCUACUGAUGUUUUAUUUGAUCAAACAGAUGGUCAUACACGAAAUUUACAAAAACGAGGACGACAAUGUUUAUGGAAAGUAUGUAGUUGGGCACUUGACAAACGUUCAUUACGUCCAUCAGUAUCAUCAUCAAAUUCAGUUGAUGCUUUAUCUAAACUAUUCUAUUAG